AUGCCUCUCUACUCGGACCCCCCGACACUGCGCACCUUCGACCAGGACAAACCGACGCUCCUUGUGUGUUGGUGGAUCACCAUCUUUUGCACCGUCAUGAUCGUUCUGCGCGUUGUCGGUCGAUUCAUUCGAACCGAGAAGCUGUUCAGGGAAGACAAGGUCGUUUCGCUAGCUCUGAUCCCCAUGUAUCUGAGGAUGGGAUGCGUGCACUUUAUCCUGCUCUACGGAACCAACAAUGCAGACUUUACGGGCGUCACGCUGUCCGAGAAACAACAUCGCCAACGACAGAUCGCCAGCGGCCUCGUGCUCGCCAGUCGACUGUUGUAUGCAGCAACAUUGUGGAUUCUCAAAGACACCAUCCUAGAGUAUUUCCGGCGCUUGACGGAAACCACCUCUGAGCGCUAUGCCAGCCAGACUCUGCUCUUCAUUCGAGUCGCCUUGAUCGCAACAUUCAUUGCCAUUUUCAUAAGCAACUUUGCCGAGUGCCAACCUUUCGCCCAUUACUGGCAGGUCCUGCCCGAUCCUGGCGGUCAAUGUCGCCAGGGCUACGCACAACUCAUCACAAUGGCCACCUGCAACAUCAUUACUGAUCUACUGCUUGUGGUUUUCCCCAUUCCCAUGGUUCUUCGCAGCCAAUUGGGCCUCAAGAAGAAGGUCCAGCUCACUCUUCUCUUCUCCCUGAGCCUGGCUGUCGUUGUCGUUACGUGCUAUCGCGUGCCGAAUAUUCUGCGCGCUCACGGGAAUCAGCAACUGCGAUCUCUGAUGGCUUCUGUUGAACUUUUGUUCGCCACCACAGCUGCCAACUCACUUGUUCUCGGGUCCUUUGUCCGUGACAGGGGUGUCAAGAAGAAGAAGUUCAAGUAUGGAUCUGUGGCCGUCGACUCCCUUGAGCGGACGAUCACGUCGCGGUCCCGUCGUCCGACGCUGCACCGUCAUUGGGGUAGUGACGAAGACCUCGUCCGCGACAUCGGGCUGGGCGUUGAAGCCGACCUGCAGAACAUACCCGAAUACGGCGAUGGCGUCGUCAGGAGAGGCGCAUACACCCCAGCACCCAUGGCUCGGAGAUUUGCCGAAGACUUGAAACACUGGAACUUUCCUGAACGACAGAGGAGUCAUGCAGAGAGAAAAGCAACUCGACAACGACACCUCGAAGAGUCUCCUUUUUCGAUGUGGGAGGGCUCCUGUCGGAAGAGGGCCAGGAUCCGGCGAGCUCCAGCUACGGACGCGACAGCUUCAGGCGCGACAGCUUCAUAUCGAGCGUGGAUCCUCUGUCUCCCAACACCUCGCAUAGCCUGCCCUCGCCGGCACUGCCGGCCCCUUCUACUGGUCAACGGGCGUGGCUCAACCCGCACUUCUUCAGGACAUGGGGGUUCUCUUUGGGCCUUCAAGCGCCAAACCCCCUCGGCACAAGCCCAGAAGCGGCACCGAGUUGCAGCCGAUACCGCAAUCCCGCCAUUCUGA